UACAGUUAGUGUUGGUGCGACGAAUUGAUAAGGUCUAGCAAAACCGUGUUUCAAAAUGUACUUUGAGUUUGAGAACGCAAGGAAAUAGCCUAUUAAAGAGUAGUUUGAACAGAGUAUAAAUUACAGACGGUACCAGUACCGUAUCAAAUGCAGGGUUGGGAAACAGAUCCCAUCCCUUUCAUGAAAAAGCACCUGUCCUCAUCAUUGGAAAAAAUGGAUGGUGCUCUUCAUCGGCAGCUCUCGCGGAUUUACCGUAGGGACUUGAGAGAGAGACCACAAGAAGCCACACAAAGGCAUAUUAGAUAUGAAAGGAUUUCUAUUGAUGGGGAUUUACUUAGUUAUGCACCUGAUGAAACCGACCAAGUUGGUGUCUAUGUUGCUGCUGAACCUCUUAGCCCAGACAAUAGCUACUUUGAGGUGGAGAUCCUUGACAUGGGUGUUGGUAGUAGCAUAUCUGUAGGAUUAGUCACGUCUCGUCACUCUCUCCACCAACAUCCUGGUUGCGCAAUACAAUCUGUAGGUUAUCAUACUGGACGUGGUAGAUUGAUUAAAGGUGCAUCUAAGAGGUCUUUAGGUCUUCCUAAAUGUGAAACUGGUGACAAAAUUGGGUGUGGUAUCAAAUUUGAAAAGUCUUCAGUUCAAGAGAGACGACAAGUGGUGACUGUUUUCUUUACUAGAAAUGGGAAAGAGGUUAACUCCACAUCAGCUCCAUGGCCAUUUUCAGGUCUUUAUCCAGCUGUGGGUGUGAGUUCAUUGGGAGAGGAGGUUAGGAUAAGUCUCUGUUCAACGUGGACGGCUGAAGAGGAUAUUUUCAUGUGUAUUGAUAGUAAUGAAGACGAAUGGGCUCGGCUACACGACAUUCAACUUAAUGGUUCAGUCCUAGAAUAUGCUGGUAGAGGUAAAAGUAUAAUUGAUGUAGGAUUGGCACAAGCAAGAAGCCCACUUGACACCACCAGUCAUUACUUUGAGAUUGAAAUAGUAGAACCUGGUGAAAACUGUUACAUUGCCAUAGGUCUUGCAAGAAGGGAUUAUCCCAGGCGAAGGCACCCAGGAUGGAAUAAAGGAUCCAUAGCUUACCAUGCAGAUGAUGGAAAGAUUUUUGUUGGUAGUGGAGUUGGUGAUCCUUUUGGGCCCCGAUGUCACAAAGGUAGAGAU